CAAGAAACCAACCAAAUCCCAGACGAAACGACCAACCAAUCGGCCACCCUCUGCAGAGCACGCCCUCUCCACCAAUACAGGGCAGAGAGAGUGGCAGCGAGUCAGGUACACCACGCUCAUCCCAACAUGUGUCACUCCCCCAGCCGUCCCCUCACCCACUCCCGUAUGUCAGAGAUCACCUGUUCUCUAGUCUCAGGCAGGUCCUGCAGCAGCUGGUGGGACGCACCCUCAUACAAGACCACUCGCUUCAUCUCCGGAGGCAGCGGGGAGCUGUCGUAGAGGAGAUGGGCGUUCUCGGGGGGCGUCCGCUCGUCCGCCGUGCCGUGAAGCGCCAGGAAGGGCACCUGCAUGUCAUGUGUGGGUCUGUGUUGUGUGGACAGCAGGAGUGUCGCUGAGUGUCGUCUGUGUGUGGUGCCUUCCUGCCUUGAGUAGGUGUAAGUUCUUCUCGAUGUAUUGCGGGACGGCUGUGAGGGCCGGCACCAUGCCCAGCCGAAGCUGAGGAAGCACGUGAAAGCACACACACUGACAUGUGAAUUGUGCACAUCCGGUGACUGACCGGCCGGCCAUUGGCUACCUUUGGCAAGGGCAUGAUCAGACCAUCUUGAGAGAAAGAUAGAAAUCGCACACAGACGAGCCCAGCAGUCCAUUCAAAUGCUCACAACCGUGCUGCUGCGUCAGCUGCCCACCUGCACGAACCAUCUGCAGACCUCAGACAGACAGACAGACAGACAGGCAGAUGCACACUCGUGUUCUACACACAGCACGCUCUUGUCUGCCGACCUUUCUCAUUUGGGGGACCCUGAAGGCCUCGUCGUAUGAGGGCACAUCCAGAGGGACGACGGGUAGCAUGGGAAGCAGCAACGCGAGCAUCCGCAGCAGAUACCGCACCAACCUGCACGCACAGAUAAACGUGUGUUUAUGGCGCAUGUGGACACGUGCAGCCGUACUUGGGUGGGAACACGCCCUUGGCCACUCGAAUAGCGGUGCCGCUGAGAAUGAGACCGGCCAGCGGCAGACGCUGGUAAGGAUAACACGUGAGGCCCCAGAAGAAGUCAUAGAACAGCUGUCGCUCCGCCCUGGCAACCCGCAUCUCCUCCUGUAUGGCCAGCACGACAGCGAUGCUCGCACCCAUCGACUCCCCAAACACAAACACCGGCACACCCGCCACUCGCCGCCGCUCAAUCAUCCGACGCACAUCGUCGACAUAGUGCUGAAACCGACCAAUGUGCACACGAGUGCCCCCGCUCCUGCCAUGGCCCUGUAGGUCCAUCGCCAUGACGUCCACGCCAUCACUCGCUAGUGCAGCCGCCAGCUCGCCGAAGUAGCCGGAAUGGAAGCUGACGCCGUGGAUGAGGUACAUCUGUGCACGAACCUUUCCCUGAGGCCGCCACCUACAUGACACACAAAAUGCGCAGAUAAAGUGACUCAUCCAUUCAUCCAUCCAUCCAUCCAUCUGUUUAGUCUGUACAGUGUGUGCACCUUCGUGUGAAGAGCCGCACGCCCCGCUCAUUGAUCAUCAUGCCCUCCUCACACUGCACUGGGCCAGGCCGACCUCUCGUCUGCAGUAGACCCGGCAAGCUCAUUGUCUGAUGGCUGCUGAUGGACAGGGCAAGAGGACACAUCAGAAAGAGCAGCAUCGUCACCAGAUCUGACGCCGCGUUUGCCAGAUCACGCUUUGAGCAACUUCUGUGUGAGAGCGGCAUUGCGAAUGUCUGACACAAGCAGCUUCCGUGAGUGAGCUCCCGACCAUACUUAGGCCUUCAGAUGCGUCCUGAGCCGAUUUUUUCG